AAACUCGUAUCUCCCAAGUAGGAGGCUGAGGAGGUACUAUAAGGCUGGGGUUAGCGACCACAGGCCUGGCACGCACUUGCCCGGAUUUGUCCCGCGUCCGCGGUCAGAAACAAGAGAAAGAGGCGGGGAGACUCGGGCAACGCCGCUCCGCCCACCCCGGUCGUGCUGCCCUCGCCCCGCUCGACGCCCGCAUUCUCCAAUGAGUGUUCGGGGGCGGGGCGAGUUCAUCGAGAAUCAGGGACGGGAUUGGUUCUAGCGUCACCCCGCCCAGGUGGUUAGCGGGCAGCGUGGUGACGUUGCAGCGCAGAGCGUAGGGGCGGAGAGCGCGCGCUGGCUGAUGAGCCGGCAUUAAACGGCUGGAGUGGUACCAGGCUGGUCGUUCUUCCUCGGUCUCAAUUCGUGAAAGCCUAGCCGGCCAGAUCUUCACUCCUGCGAGACUUUAGCUGUGUUGUUGCGACUACUCCACAAUGUUCGAGGCGCGCCUAGUCCAGGGCUCCAUCCUGAAGAAGGUGCUAGAGGCGCUCAAGGACCUCAUCAACGAGGCCUGCUGGGACAUCAGCUCGAGCGGCGUGAACCUGCAGAGCAUGGACUCGUCCCACGUCUCCUUGGUGCAGCUCACCCUGCGCUCCGAAGGCUUCGACACCUACCGCUGCGACCGUAAUCUGGCCAUGGGUGUGAACCUCACCAGCAUGUCCAAAAUUCUAAAAUGUGCUGGCAAUGAAGACAUCAUUACACUGAGAGCUGAAGAUAAUGCGGACACCCUGGCACUAGUAUUUGAAGCACCAAAUCAGGAGAAAGUUUCGGACUAUGAAAUGAAGUUAAUGGAUUUAGAUGUUGAACAACUUGGAAUUCCAGAACAAGAGUACAGCUGUGUAGUAAAAAUGCCUUCUGGAGAAUUCGCACGCAUAUGCCGAGAUCUCAGUCAUAUUGGAGACGCUGUUGUGAUUUCCUGUGCAAAAGAUGGAGUGAAAUUUUCUGCGAGUGGAGAACUUGGAAAUGGAAACAUUAAGUUGUCACAAACAAGCAAUGUUGAUAAAGAGGAGGAAGCUGUUUCCAUAGAAAUGAACGAGCCAGUUCAACUAACUUUUGCACUGAGGUACCUGAACUUCUUUACAAAAGCUACUCCACUCUCUCCUACAGUGACACUCAGCAUGUCAGCGGAUGUACCCCUUGUUGUAGAGUAUAAAAUUGCUGAUAUGGGACAUUUAAAGUACUAUUUGGCUCCCAAGAUCGAGGAUGAAGAAGGAUCUUAGACAUUCUUAAGAUUCAAGAAAAUAAAGCUAAGCUCUUUGAGAAUUGCUUCUGAGAUGCCAGCAAGUACUGAGUUCUUUUGUCACCAAAUUUAUACUUCCGAGUACAUUUGUAGAUACUGUUUUUUGUAAAUAGCCUAUUUUUCUUCUCUGUUCUCUACAGUUUGUUUAAAGCAUAAAAUCCAAAGUGGUAUCUAGUCUUGUUAACCUAGAAAUAAACCUGCCUUACUUAGAAAUACUAAUGGUUUUAUAACAAGGGUCUUGACUAAAUACAGUUUUAAGAAUUGCUUCUCAAUUUAAAUAAAGUUGCCUGAAUUUUAAAUGUCACAGGACAGUGCCUUCAUUUGGAUCACAACUAUUGUAAGCAUUCUACUGCAUUCUCAGUUAAGGCUACCCUUUUAUGUAAAUGUGUUUACUUUUUUCAGUGUAGAGUAAGAGUAAGUAGCCUGGUAUAAAUAUGUUGAGACAGCAAUAAAGUAUUUCAAAUACAGUAGAAAACAUAUUUUGGGAGAUUGAUUUGUUAAAUUUCGGUAUCUAGAGAGAUUGAGUAGUGAACAGGGGAGAGUAGAACAAAUCCAUAUAAUUCAUUCCUGUCAGUUAGCAAAAAAUAGCACUCUUCAGAAGUUAAACAUAACCAAAGUUUUUGUGUGCUUUGUUUUGGUUUGGGUUUUUUGCUUAAGGAGUCUUUCCUAAGAGUCUUGGAAUUUUCGAUAAAUCUGUGAUGGGCCUAAAGAGUACAGUUGUGCAAAACUUUCUCUGUUAUGAAGAGCCAUGUUUGGGAUUUCACUCCCAUAAAGGAUGAAAAUAACUGAUGAAAUUCCAUGGAUGUUG